GCCGGCUGCCGCCCGCGCGAGGGGCGGGAAGAUGGCGGACGUGGUCGUGGGCAAAGACAAGUGCGGGGAGCAGCGGCUCAUCUCGCUGCCUCUAUCCCGCAUCCGGGUCAUCAUGAAGAGCUCCCCCGAGGUGUCCAGCAUCAACCAGGAGGCGUUGGUGCUCACAGCCAAGGCCACGGAGCUCUUUGUUCAAUGCCUAGCCACCUAUUCCUACAGACACGGCAGUGGAAAGGAAAAGAAAGUACUGACUUACAGUGAUUUAGCAAAUACUGCACAGGAAUCAGAAACUUUUCAGUUUCUUGCAGAUAUAUUACCAAAGAAGAUAUUAGCUAGUAAAUACCUGAAAAUGCUUAAAGAGGAAAAGAGGGAAGAAGAUGAGGAGAAUGACAAUGAUAAUGAAAGUGACCAUGAUGAAGCUGAAUCCUAAACCAAAAAAGUGCUUUAAAAACCAGCCUGGCGAGGACUGCCCUGGACCCGCUCCACUGUCUAUAAGUAAACACAGCACUGCCCGCUUUUAGCGUCUUCACUUCCUCACAGACUUCCAGUGCGUGAUAUUCUUUCGAGGUAUUCUUUCCAGGCCAAGAUUGAGCGCCUCAUGCACCUGCGCCACAAACAGCCAGAGGGAAAGUGACCCAGACAGCAGUCCCUCCUUGACAGGCCCACCCUGCAGCUCAGGCACCAAGAAAGCAGCCGAUACUGGCAGCCAUUGCAGCUCCAAACUGCAGAGGCAAGGCCAAUUUUAACUUUUCAAUUUACAGUCGAUUUUGAAUAACUUCUAUGUAUCAGUUAUGUAAAUUCAUGUAUGUAUAUUUUGGAAUCAGUUCUUAUAAACAGCUCGAUUCAGUUUUAGCUAAAUAGAUAGUUUAUAGGUCGUAUGUUAUAUUUGAAUUUUUGUCUUAAGUUGACUGUUCAGAUAUUUUUCUACUGUAAAGAAACAUACUUUUAAAGAUCUGUACAUGUUUUUACAGUAAAAUGCUUUAUGGAACUAGUUCUAGAGCCCUCUGUGGCUUUAAGGCCUUGCUUACUGCCUGCAAAUUUUGAGAAACUUAAAAAUAAGCAUUCUAACACUUAUUCCCACAGAAAAAUUCCAAGUCAAAUUAUCAAAUCAAAUACAAAAAUAAGUCUUACCUCUUGUAUAAGCAUGUUGUACUAAAAAAAAGUUUUGAAACAUUUUGUAUAUUGAAGAUCUCUCUCAUCUUACUGUUCUUUGCUUUCAAUUCCUGGCACUUAUUUUUACUGUCUCUAAGAGAAAACCUAUCAUAAGCCUUUUUUUUUUUUUUAAACCCCACAUAGGGUAAAUAUUUG